GUUUCGUAAAAAAAUGGAUAGGAGUAGUUCGAAAUGUUGCUAAGGAGAGGUCUAUGAUUCAUUGUUCAUUUUCGGCUUACUCGUUUACGAAUCAUCAUUGAAGUCUCGUCAGCAUUACGAAGAUGGCAGCACCUUCCACAAUAGUAGACGCUAGCGGAAAAGGGACGGCGAUCAAGCUAUUUUGUCGAAGCGCAAGACAGCGCCUCCUUAGCCACGCGAAUGCUGCAAGUGGACCGAAAAGCAGACUUCUGUUCGUGGUCGGUAAUACCUCCUGCGAUCUGGACAGUGUGUGUUCCGCUAUCGGUUUCGCGUAUCAUCUGCAGAGCGAGCAGCAGAAACGAAGUGGGGAGGGUGGUUUAGGAUCACAGGAGGAUACGACUACGCAUGUUAUUCCGCUAUUGAACUACCAGCGACGCGCUUUCCCGCAGCUACUGCAGCAAGCGUAUUGGCUAGAAAAGUAUUUCGGCCUGAGCCUACACGACUUAUCGUUUUUUCCCGAAGAUGUUCAAGAUAUCCUUUCAGUUUCAUCUGAGCACGAAACAACGACGGUCUGUUGUGGCAGCGAAAGUGUGAGUCCUUCUACAAACAGUACUGUUUUCCACCUUGUAGACCACAACGAAGUGGAUCCUGGUCAGCGUGCCUUUCUGCGCGGUCGCAUCGUGGGCUGCCUUGACCACCACGAGGACGCUGGCGCGUCGUUUCGCGAAUUGCUAGCACGACCAGAUGGAACAAACUCCGACGUGGAGAUUCAUGCGCCAUCGCUCUGCGGCCCAGAAAAGAUCGUUGGCAGCUGUGCUAGCUUGGUUCUUAGCCGUCUUUUGACACGAACAGCAUCUGCUUCCGCAAAGAAAGGCUUCACGCCGACAGCUGAAAAUGGAGCACAAGCACUAGAGGACGAAGGUGAAGUUUUCCGUUUGCUCGCAGGUGCUAUCCUCUGCGACACAAGAAAUUUCGCGGAUGCGACGAAGGGAAGCAAAUGGUCAGUGAUCGGUGAUCAGGAGGUAUUUGAUCAGGCGUUGGAGCGCUACGCGUCACAGGCGAAAAAUCUUGACAGGUCAGGCAUUUGCCAAGACCUCUUCGAAAUAAAGUUCGAUUUGGAACGCAACCUCGCUCUCGGGUUCCCCGCUCUUCUCGCGGGCGACUACAAACAGUUCCAGUACUGCUCUUAUGGCCGCAAUGAUUGAAUGAAAGCUUACUGUUACAACAGACUCACAGAAGUGCCUGAGUAAUGAAGAUGUCUAGUGGUUGUAGUGCCUGGCUUUCUCUACGGGGAAAGACGUCGAAGCAGCUUAAAUUUCUUUCAUGUAAAACUGUCAGAUAGAAAUAUGUCAGCUCCAUCUAAGAAAAAACUGCGACACAAACAACAGUGAAGAUUGGAUUCGCAACGCUGCCGAUCCAGCUGCCAGCUGUGCUCGAUAAAUGGGCAGUCGGGCUAUUGUGUGACGACAUGAAGGCUUUCUGUGCAUCGCGGAGCACUCACGCUCUGGUCAUCCUCAGUUCCGAUAAAGAUAUGGUCAAGCACUGUGGGUUGUAUAGUACAGCAGCAUCGACUGAGGGACAAGACGAAGCCAAGGGAGCUGUGGUAGACAUCGCAAUGCUUGCGACGGGUCUUAAUUAUGGCUUCUGGUGUAUUGAAACAACAAGAACAACAACAACAACAACAACAACAAAAACAUCGAUUGCGUUCUAACUUCGGACUACUUGUUUUGCGAGAGACUAGAUGAAGGAUGAUCUUUCUUAGAAUCAGUGGCAUUGCAACUCUAUUCGCAUACAGUAAACAACAAAGAAACCAUCGGUCCGCAAAUGGGUCCUGACCAGUGAUGCUCUAAUUUAUGACAGAGAUGGGAUUGGAGGAGAUCGCGAUAACCCCAGGAGAGCCUGCGUCACGACUGUUUGCCGUGUACCGACAGCAGCGGACGGAAAAGUCAAGAAAACAGGUAGAGCCACUCAUGAAGGCAUUGCUCACUGCUUGAAAUUUGCGCAGGACUGAAACUUGAAGAGGCCGACUCAAAAAUGUUGAUUUGUGUUAUAGCUUGCAGUGAAAAUAGCAUAGCUAGCACAGACGACAGGAGGUAACGGAGCCGAAUGCGACACAUGCGACACUCGCGCAGACUUUAUUUGGUUUGUUCUUGUUGUUCUCAGUCGCAGGCUUUGUGUUCACGUAACAUGCCCAUGGCAAG